GUGCUGCUUCGUCAACUCGGUAACAAGCGAGCACAAGAGAAGUGAUAUUUUGUAGAAGCAAUUGUUUGAUUUUAUCCACACUUGCGUGCGGGACAAGUCUGCAAACGAAAAGUGUAGGACGUAAUCAAGUCACCUGCCAUUGAUUGGAAGUGGACACCCAACGAACGAUCAUGCUGCUCGCUGGAAUUCAAGUGCUCGGUCUUCUGAGUUGCUUGCUGAUUGCUAAGAGUACGGCUGCAGUAGCAUUUGCUGAUGUGCCUUCUGUGCCACUGAGCAAUGCAGCUGUGGCUGGCUUGAGAAUGCCUGUGAUUGGCUUGGGAACGUGGGCGUAUGGCUUUCCAGGAGAAAAGUGGAACGACACCAUUGGCGGAAUAACAGCGGGGCAGUUUAUCAAGCUUGGUGGACGACGCAUUGACGGGGCUCUGGGUUACGGAGAUCAAGCUGGCGUGGGCAAGGGAAUUCUCGCCAGCGGCAUUGAACGCUCGGAGUUGUUUGUCACCUCCAAGAUCCCUUGCUACGGGUACAACGAGACGCUCAAGAACGUCGAUGAGGCACUGAGCACGCUGAACAUGUCGUACGUCGACCUGCUGCUCAUCCACUGGCCGUACUCCAAGUCCAAGGUGUUCACGACGGACCCGAACUGCAAACCGGACACCGCCGCGUCCGCCAAGACCUGCCGCCAGUCGGUGUGGCGCGCCCUGGAGGCUGUCUUCCGCUCGGGCAGGGCCCGCGCCAUCGGCGUGUCCAACUUCGAGCAGAACCACCUGCAGGACAUUCUCGACAUGGCCGACGCGCUCGUACCGGCCGUCAACCAGGUUGAGUUCCACCCGUACUGGCACGAGGACGACCUGGUGGCGUUCUGCCAGAAGCGCAAUAUCACCUAUAAUAGCUACUCGCCGCUGAGCUGCCCUGACUGGGCGCCCAAGACGCAUUUCUGGUCCAAGAAGCACGGCGCGCUCGACGAGGACGUGGUCAUGCAGGCUGCCAAGGCGCACGGCAAGACACCGGCGCAGGUCGUCAUCCGCUGGGCGUGGCAGCAGGGCGUGGUCGUUAACCCGCGCACGUACAGCACACAGCACAUGGCCGAGAACCUGGCCGUCUUCGACUUUGAGCUGAGCGCGGCGGAGAUGGCGGCCAUUAGCAGCAUCAAGCCGCCCAAACUGAACAAGGUGUGCCCAGAUCCACACAAAGACCCUUGAUAAUCACUCGGUACUGGCUGAGGCUGCUGAGUUCAGCACUCUUGUGUUGGGCAUAAUUACACCACUGCAUUCGAGAGCCUAAUAUUAUACACAACAACAAAUCCACGAUCUUCAUGAACUUGGCAGCCCAUGGAAAUAUUCUGAGCCGACAACCUGCUCAGUUCAGCACUACAAGUUGUGUUGGGCACGAUCAUACCAUGCACUGAUUCGAGAGCCUUACGGAUAUCUUGCAGCAGCAAGUCAAUAUCUUCAUGAAGCCCGUGGAAAUUUUCUGUCCUGAUACUUUAACAUGACAUUUGACGAUUUGUAUAGUCCCAUUGACUUCUAUUGAGAUAACUGCGGGGACUUCUUUUCUCUUCUUUCGAUGAAUUUACCAAUGUGAUUCUGGUUGUAUCCCCCA